CUGUUUUUCGGCCUCUCAUCAGUAAGACAUCGACACUGUACAGCUCUCUCUCUCUCUCGUGGGUGUUUUGUCUUUGGUUUGGGUUUGUGCGAUUCUUUCUCUCCGUCUCGCACAAACCCAGACUCAUCGAGAAGCAUGGCUUUCACCAUUUUCUCGUUAAGCCUCUCCCCACACUCUCCCUCUCUCUCGUUGACGGCUCAUCACCACCACCCCCACCACUCUCACGACUCUCCCUGCCACAGCUUCAUGAUCGUGACACGCCGUGUGAGCUCUGAGUCGUUGGUCUCUACUUCCCCUGCACGUCACUCUUCUGCCAUCAUCCGUGGCCGCCGCCGCCGCCUUCCGCCCCUUCUCUACUCUGGCGACGGGGGUGGCCCCAGUGGCGGAGGCGGAGGUGGGAAAGGAGGUGGCGAUGGAAGAGGUGGUGGCGAUGGCUCUGGGUCACGCAACAGGAUCGAGGCUCUUCUUGCGUUAGCUGAGGUUUCGAGGACGUUGGAUAGCAUUCCAAAGGACUUGGCCGUAGCAAUACAGGCAGGUAAGGUGCCAGCUGCAGUGGUGGAGAGGUACUUGGACCUUGAGAAGUCGGCGGUGUUUCGGUGGUUGCUUCAGUUUGGAGGAUUUAGGGAGAGGCUACUUGCUGAUGAUCUGUUCUUGACCAAGGUUGCCAUCGAGUGCGGUGUUGGCAUCUUCACCAAGAGUGCUGCAGAGCUGGAGCGGCGGAGAGAGAAGUUCACAAAGGAGCUGGAUUUUGUUUUUGCUGACGUGGUGAUGGCCAUUAUAGCAGAUUUCAUGCUGGUCUGGCUUCCAGCGCCCACCGUUUCUCUCCGGCCUCCCCUUGCUAUCAAUGCUGGAGCACUCUCUAAGUUCUUCUAUGGCUGUCCUGAUAAUGCUUUUCAGGUAGCUCUGGCUGGUAGCUCUUACUCACUGUUGCAGAGAAUGGGUGCAGUCGUGCGUAACGGGGCCAAGCUUUUCGUUGUUGGAACUGGUGCAUCUUUGAUUGGUACAGGUUUGACAAAUGUGUUGAUAAACACACGGAAGUUUUUCGACAAAACCUUUGCGGUUGAGGCAGAGGAUGUGCCUGUUCUGUCCACAAGCGUCGCAUACGGAGUAUACAUGGCAGUUUCUAGCAAUCUAAGAUAUCAGGUGCUGGCUGGAGUUAUUGAGCAAAGAAUCCUAGAGCCCUUGCUACACCAGCACAAGAUCAUACUCGGUGCAAUCUGCUUCGCCGUUCGAACUGGCAAUACAUUCUUGGGUUCAUUGAUGUGGGUGGAUUAUGCGCGAUGGACAGGAAUUCAACAGAUUCGAGAAUAAUACAUUGCUACACAUUUAGCUGACAUUUCACCAGCAAAUUGUAAUUCUGGAAUGUGCAUUUGUAGGAUUGCCUGUCCAAGAAUAAACCUUUCUGUGUUUUGCU